AUGACCAUCUCCCAUCCUCCUCAGAUGAGCAAUCCAUACUCACAGCCACCGACUAGCCUUUCUGACCAACCGACAGCUCGUAUGGCCUUGCAACAACAAGCUCGAUCAGGACCGGGGAGUGAUUUAGGGAGAGGACUAGGGCCAGGCACGAAUGCGAGUCCUGUCAUUGAUCUGACAGGGAGCGACAACGAAGAUGACGAGGACCUGGAGUCCAGUCGGCCUGCGAAGAGGUUGCGCAUUGAUACAAAAGGACAUGAUGAGAUUGCGAGGAUUCUGAGUUCUGGCAUGCGCUUGAUUCAAGGAGCAAGCGAUGAUGUGAACGAUGGAAAGAGUAGUGAAGUUACCGACCAAAACAUACCGUUUGUUGAGAGUGUAAAGCCUCCAGCGUCAUUUCAAGAUCGGCUGGCGUACAUCUCGGUAGAUGGAGGUGGUCAGCAGUCACAAUCUUCAUCCUCUCCUUUACCUCUUCCCCCUCGGCCGCGAAGGAGUCUGUUCAUGCGGGACAAAUCAGAAACCGCCCCUGAAGACGAUGAGCAGGAAGAUAUGACAGUCCAGACCACCCCAUAUACUAUGGAGAAACCUGCUGCUGCUGCUAGGCUCGCAGAUAAUACCGUCCUCGACUUUCACCCGUGGACUGGGAAUCACCCGGAAGAUGCUCUCAACGAACAAACCGCCAAACAAGGCUUUUAUGACCGUGUUCAGCUGUCCCAGAACGAAAGUAAUACCGCACGCCCAUCUCUAUACACACACUUUAAGAACCCCAAUGGUCUCAAAGCGCUUUCCCAUAUAUUCGCGGCUGCUCUUAAACGAAGACAAGCCAUGACGAAAGUCACACCUAACUCAACAUUCAAACCACCACCGCGCGUUACACUCACCGAUAACAAACGUGAAGCCUGGCUACGAGACCUGGCUAACCCAUCCGUACCCCUCAGGCGGCUUAGCAGAACCAUACCUCACGGCAUUCGUGGCAAGAUAUUGCUGGACCAGUGCCUAGGGAAGAACAUACCUAUUGGACGCGCAAUCUGGCUGGCCAAGUGUGUGGGCGCGAAUGAAAUACGGGCAUUCAAACGGAAAGGGACGGCAGCUACCAUUGCGAGCGGGCUUGAAGCGAAAUGGGUAAAGGACUGGACUGGAAGUGUGCAGCAGUUCAUGGAAAGUGUGGUGCAGUCGCAUGAAGACGCCGGGUGGAUUGAGAACCAGGCUUAUGCCAUGAGAUUGUCUGGUCGUCUAUUCUUGGAACAACUGCUUGACCAGGAUGCAUACCUCGAAUGGUUUCUCGGCUCUCUGCAUGCAUCUAACCUGGAUAUGUUACCUGUCUGGUUAUCAAGUAUUGGUGUAUACUGGAAGAAUCUCACUAGCUACCGAAAAAGAGGCAGACGUCUGGCGCAGACCCUACUUGAUAAGCUAGCAUGGGCUCUGAAUGUUAACCGUUCUGCAGUCCUUAAUCCACUAAUCACACGCCUCCAAUCACUUAUUCGUUCGUUCAUUACCUCUUAUCCAUCAUCCUUUAUUCUUCCCUUGACUUGGUCUCAACACCAGAAAGCCCUGACUGCAUGCUUCAACACCUCCGUGCCCCUGGAGACAGCGAUACUCGCUCAACUCAUUGCACGAAAUGCUCGUCUAUCCAAAAUCUCUCCUCAGUCCGCUAUAAACUCUCCUCAGUCUAUCCCACGACCUGCCCCACAACAACUAAUAUCGCUCCUUGAUGCCCCAUGUGCAUCUAAUGGUUUCCCUCUUCUUGCUGCAAAAUGCCUUGCUCUCCCCCUAGAUCACAGAACAUUGAUACAUACCCUCCUGGAAUGGUCCUCAACCCCUUUCAGAUACGGAUGUGCACGAAUCUAUGCCUCUGCUCGACUACUCCGUCGUUGGAGGAAGCUCUCGAUCGAUACUGAUGCGCAUAUAUCCUCAUUCUUGGCCGAGAACAGCAAAUAUAGCGCCCGCCAGCUCGAAAAUGCCUACCAUCUCGUCUCGGAACUGGUACGGUCCCAGUCCUUUUCCGUUGGCAAGUACUUGGAAUGGCUUAUGGCAAGAGGCGCGGUGAGAAGUCCUGAUAUGUCUGGUCAAUAUCUGACAGCUGACGUAGAACUUCUACGGCAUCUUCCGUCAAGUAGACUUCCGGAGCACAUCUGGAAUCUACGCAACACUUUGCUCUCUAGAGCGGGUGUGUCGGUCGAUGCUGAGGCGAGGCAAAUACGCCAAAUCAAGACUGAUCUGUUGCAAAAGCAUUCUGACAUAUUUGUUGGGCAUAUUGGUACUGCUGACACUGAGAUGAUGGAUGGUGAAAUUGACUGGGCUAGCCUCACCUGGACAGUCAAGUCGGAAAUUUCACAUUGGAUUCGAGAGCAGGUUGCAUUGAAACUUCGAGCCCAGGCUCAAGCCCAAAAUCAACCUUCCAGUAAUGCAACCGCUCAAGCAACCGCUUCCAUGAUAAGGCCAGACCAGUUUUACUUUCUGCGAUACAUCCUGGAGCGCAUGGGUGAUGUCUCGAUUCUCGCUGAUGUCCUCAAACUCCUCUCCCAAUCAUCUAACCCCACCGUCUUAGCUUCCGUGACAGAUACCUUGAACUACCACUUACCAUCUUUCACUGCCAUCGGCGCAACAAUGGAUCUCCUACAAAGCUUUGCGAUCUCCUACUCAAAACUGAGCAAGACUGAAGCGCACGUUCAAGAUGUGAUAGUGUCUCUGCUUGACGUUGCCAUUGUCAUACCAUCAGAAGCCUCUACUGUUGCUGUCUUGCGCCGCGACCUAGCGCGCUAUGACAAGAAGUCAGCCAUGGCUGCCUCAUCACCAGUAUCAGAACAUAUGGCUGAUACCCUCAACCCUGUCAACCCUACCUUUGGUGGGAUGCUUGACCAGCUUCUUGCCUCGGGGAACUGUAUGGACGACGCUACGCUCAUGCGUAUAUUUGAUUUGCUUAUCCAGAAGCUUGAGACAGGUAAGGCCGACAUCAGCAUCACAUCUAGCGAGGCAGCGCGAUAUCUUGCACAACUACGUUUGUUCAAUCCCAAGACUUUUGAUGGGCUUAUGAUCAAGCGUGUGGUUGGGAUGAUACGCACUUCUCCAAGACCAAAACUGUCCUACUUUCUACCACCGCUCAUCGGAGUGGGCUGUAUCACUCUUCCGGCGUUUUUCGGUCUGGUGAAGAGGCUUCUUCUUGACGCUGAUAAGGCUGGAGAGAAUAAUAUACCCGAUCUUUUGCACCUCAGGUUGGACAUGUUGAGUGUUCUAGGGCUAGGGACAACCGACCAAAAUACAGUCCCAGACCUCGUAUUCUACCGCUUCAAAAUCUCACGCCAGGAGUUCGUCCAGAAGCACUGCUGUAUCAUUGUCAGCGCUAUACGCGAUGCUGUAAUGGAUGCGUCCGCAAACCAUUCUGCCGCCGACGCCUCUCUUCAUGAACAGUGGAACAAGGCCAUUUUCCCACUUCUUUGCGAGAUAAUGGUUCGACAUUCCAGCCUCGCGAGGGAUGAAUGUGUCAAAUGGGUGACGGCGAAGUUCCCAACAGGAUUACGCCUACUUACCCAGACACUGGACAGUCUUCUUGGCGUGGAAUCAGACAAUGGUAAUCUUAAGAUUCUGCCAUUGUCCAACGGCGAUGAUGCCAGAGAUGCUAAUUUGCACGCAGAUCCUAACCGUGCCUCAACUAGCUCCCAGUCGGUUCAGCAGCAAGCGUCGGAUACUAUCCGUCGCAUUGAUGACUUCUCCUUGCCAUUCUGUCUUAUCAAGCUGCAACUCCUACUUGUGGAAACAGAUGCAGCCGGAAAGGAGAACGUCCUUGAUCCUAUCUUUUCUGCGGCUGAAAUGGAUGUGAAGAAGGGGUUAUCCCGAUGGGUGGAAAUUAUCACUGUUCUGGAUGAUGAAGGAAGACGACAGCUCCAACAAAAGGCAGAGAACAAACUUCUAUCGUUAUUCAUUACAUCCGCCUCCUCGUCCUCGACGGGCAAUAGUGAUGAUGGACCGGCACCUCAUGAGCAUGGGUUGGUAUACCUACGCAUAAUUGAGGAACUAGUAUCCAAAGCACCAAAUGAGAACGAAAACGUUUCUUCCACAAUCGGCAGCGCCCUGUUGGAAAGAAUGAAUCUCUUGCUUCAACGGAUAGCGUUUCUGUCAAAGGUUAAGUCUACAGAUUCAGGCUCCACUAUCAUCGCUCAGUGUAAUGAAGGCGGCAUGCUUGGAAUAUGGAUAUACAUUAUCCUUCGUCUUGUGGCCUUGUAUCGCUCACCUUUCGAUGCUGAGCGUGCCUCUAAGACAGAUCUCUCGGACCAAACUCGCCUCCUGCUCAGUAUUUGCUACAUGGCAUUUACUCCGGCCUUAAUGCAGGUACUCUCACAUACAACCAACCUUCCUCCCACUCCCACUGGCAAAUACGCCCACCUGCAAAGAACGGUACUAGGAAACUGGAAUAGCUUACGAAUAUAUACCAUUGACGUUGCCAAUAUCUUGGUCGAUACCCUCCCAGAUGAAGCCCGCAUACAGUGUGCCCGUUUCCUCCGUGAUAGGUCCCCUCUCUUCCUCCAGCAGCAACAAGAUAGCCGUCUUCUAUAUCUUUUUGGCCCCAUGCCUGAUCCUCAAGCCGGCCCCAUCAGCUCUUCUACUAGCACCACAACCUCCGGUGCGCCACCUCCCGGCUCAUCACCUCUAAAUACCCAAGGCCCUACAGCGCAGGGCUCAUCUGCCCAAUCUCCUCACCCAACCAAUCCAUCAAUCCCCACCGUUGAAGAAACAACGUCACCUGUUCAAAAUUUCCGAUUCCAGCAGGGCAAUCGAGUCGUCGGUCCCUGCCCUCCGAGAACAUGGGAAAUGAUUGAAGAAUCCGCCCCUGUUGUCGGCGUAAAUGACACACCGCUUAACCUUUCAUACUUUGGCGCACGCCUGCCACAUGAAACUCGCCUAGCAGUCUUCACUUCAAGUGACAUCAUAUCCACCUUUUCUUCUCUUCUCUUUUCCGUCAAAUACUUCAACGUUUUUAUAUCAUUCCAUGAGAUAUGCGAGCAUUUACUUGGAUACCAAUUUGCUUCUCCUAUCAGCGACUGCACCAUAGUACUUACCUCUUACGCUAUUUUUAACAUCUCCAGCUUACUCAUUUUCACUUCACAUAUCUUUAACGAAUAA